AUGUCCGGAAGGCUUAACGGCAAGGUUGCUAUUGUCACUGGGGGCGCUCUUGGAUUUGGCGAAGGCAUUGUGAUCAAAUUCGUCCAGGAGGGCGCAUUAGUUGUUAUUGUCGAUCUGCAUAAAGAGAAUGGAGAGCGAGUUCUCGCAUCACAGCCCCGGGGAACGGCCAUAUUUGUUCAGGGCGAUGUGUCCUCCGAACAAGAUUGGGAAAAGGUGCGCGACACGACACUUUCUCGGUUUGGGAAGAUCGACAUUGUGGUGAACAACGCAGGGAUUGUUAACAGCGCGAUUUCAUCUCUCGAACUUACUGAAAAAGAAUUUGAUCGUCUUUGCAGAGUCAACAUCAAAAGCCUUUACUUCAGUGCCAGAGUGAUUGCUCCAUGUAUUCAGAAGCAAAGUACUGGUGGUGCUUUUAUCAAUAUCUCUAGCAUGAGUGCUCUUCGUCCUCGCCCGAAUCUUGUAUGGUACGCAGCUACCAAGGGCGCUGCCAGUGCGGCCACCAAGGGACUAGCAGCGGAGUUGGCCCAAGAUAAUAUCAGAUGCAAUGCCAUAUGCCCCGUGGCUGGAGAGACUGCAAUGAUUCCAUUGGUCCUUGGAAAGCCCGAUACGCCCGAAAAUCGCGCGAAGAUAUUGUCUGGUAUUCCACUUGGGCGAUUUGCAACACCUGCGGAUAUCGCGAAUGCAGCAUGCUUCCUUGCCAGCGACGAGGCUAAUUUCAUAACCGGGGUGGAGCUGCCAAUAUAG